UCCAACCCUAAGAGACAGAGAAGUCACGAUGUUGGCCGAGAUGAACCAGCACCAGCAUGGCCAUAAGCGCCUGCUCAACAUCCUCUUGCUCGGCAAUGGAGCUCUUGCCGCUGGCAUCCUUUUGAACAGCAUCUUUGUACUCGGCGACUCCGGUGGACUCAACGAGUUCAUCUGCGGCGCCAUGUUCUUGAGCUACUCGUUCGCGGCCAUCCUCAUGCUGAACCGCAACCCGUCCGCAUUCUCGAUCGGCAUGUUGAUGGGGUCGUCAGUCGUCCUGGCGGCUUUGGCGUUCCUCAACGCAUUAUACUGGUUGGUUGCAUCUGCAACCAUGGAGGACCAUACGGUGGCGGCAGGCUUCGCGGGAGCUUUCAACUUGAUAUACUUCGUAGUCGACGCAACCUUCGUCUCGAUUUUGUAUCGCUCCAAGCACGACAUUAUUGAAACGUACUCUGCCUACGACUACAUCCCCGACAAGCAUGAAGAAGUCGCCGACGUUGCGACCACGUCGUGCUCGCACUGCGAAGGCGACGACACGUUCUCUGUAUGUUCGUAUCAGUCGUCCGCGCAAGCCCCAUUGCCCACAGCAGACAUCUAGACCUGUUGCAAUGGAAUCCAUAUCUAGUCGAAUGCCUCAUCACUUAAGCAUCCAUUUCCUGAAA